CCUCCUCCCUUUUAGCUCCCCCCACCAGUUCCCCAGAAUUACACAGUAAAGAAAUGGGGAAAGCAAUGAGGUGGCUUAGAGGGUUCUUUGGGGUGAAGGUGACAAAAGAUUUGGAGAUUGAAAGUGAAGAAAACAGAGCCAAAACAGCCGUGGGCCACUCCGGGAGGGGCGGUUCAACCGCCUCCGCCACCACAUCCGCCGCGUUGUGUAAUAAUCCCACCACCAUACCACCCAACAUAACACCAGCCGAGGCAGCAUGGCUGAGCUCAUUCUUCUCCGACAAGGACCAGAGCGAGCACGCAAUCGCCUUGGCGGCAGCUACCGCAGCUGCCGCGGACGCAGCGGCCGCGGCCGCCAAUGCUGCGGCGGCGGUGGUGAGACUCACAAGGCAAGGGCGUGGUGCCCUGUUUUGCAGGGAGAGAUUAGCCGCCGUCAAGAUUCAAGCGAUCUUCCGAGGAUAUCUGGGGAGAAAAGCGCUUCGGUGCUUGAAAGGAUUGGUGAAAAUACAGGCGCUGGUGAGAGGGUAUUUGGUAAGGAGACAAGCGGCGGCGGCUUUUCAGGGCAUGCAAGCUCUGAUGAGAGCUCAGGCCAGUGUUCGGGCCCACAAAUUCCGGCGAGCCUCCGCAAAUUUCAAUCACCACCACCCUUGUUGUCCUCGUCAUUCCCCCUCUCGAACAUCCACGGAAAGGUUUGAUGGAAAAACUACAAUUGGAAUACACCCAUUACCGUUCGAGGCUUCCGUCAAUGGAUGUGACGACGACAACCUGAAGAUAGUAGAGAUAGACUCACUCUCCUCUCCCCUUUCGUGUAGAAUUCCGACCCGGUCAGCCGAGGUCCGGGAUUUCCAAAAUUCUGGCGAUCUGGGGACGAACGGGGACAAGUUACGGUUCUCGCCGGCGAUGAGCACCCCCGUCACGCCGGCUAACAGUGUUUGUGUCGGGAGUUCAUCAUACUUCGUGAGUCAUGCCCACAAAAAAAACUAUAUGGCCAACACAGAAGCAUUUCGGGCCAAGUUGAGGUCCCAAAGUGCCCCAAAGCAACGGCCCAGCCCGAAGAAAAGUCUACCCGUGAUGGAAUCACGGGCAAGUGUAAGUGGGGCCCGGAUGAGGGUGCCAUCCUCAUGGUCAAAAUCUCAAAAUGUAUUCAACUUCAAGAAUGUUGUUAUUGGUAAGCUAGAUAGGUCUUUAGACUUUGGUGAAUAGAGUGAGCACAUUAAAUAAAUAUGGAGCAUUUUAAUUGCCAUUUUCAGUGGAGUAAGUA